CGCGCUUCGAAAAUGAGAAACUUAGCGACAUUCCGCAACACCUCAUUCGGGAUGAUGGUGCUCUUCCUGGUCUGCAAGAGAGCUGCCGCUGCCACUUCUUUUAGGGAAUUCAUCGAGGAAAUACCUGUCAACGUGACGCUGGUUUUCGGAACUAUCAUAUUGUCCGUAGUCUGGCUGGGAUGCACCUAUGUAAUAACCAACAAGCACCAGAACGCGAUGCAAUACAUGCAGCGGCAGCUGGACGAGCUCUGGCUGCUGCAGGAGAAGCCAAAUGUCUGGCCGAAACCCGGGGGAGAGAUUCCGGUGACAUAUGCUCCCGCAAAGAAACCAACGGAGCAUGCUGAGGGGAAGCUAGAGAAACCUAAUGAUGUCCUCGAAUCAUCUUUCUAAAUAGUUCUGAGUAUAACCUAAAGGAUCAACAAAAUUUAGACUGGAAUACAAUCAUCUGAAGUCAAAAUCUUUUAUAU